UAAUGCAGUUGGAUCUGACCGGUGUUAGGCAGGAAGCGUGAGAAGCGCAUUUAAAACGGAAAGUAAAGCUUGUCUUUGAGGUGAACAGUAAAGGUUUAUAAAAAUGGCGACAGGAGCAGAUGUUCGUGAUAUUUUGGAACUGGGGGGUGGUGACUCUGAAAACACACCAAUUAGUAAAAAAGAUAUCAUUAAUUCAGAUAAGAAAAAAUCAAAGAAGUCCACAGAAGCGCUUACAUUUAAAAGACCAGAGGGAAUGCACAGAGAAGUUUAUGCUCUAUUGUACUCUGACAAAAAGGAUGCCCCUCCAUUACUUCCAAGUGACACGACACAAGGGUACAGGACUGUUAAGGCAAAGUUGGGGUGUAAAAAGGUCCGACCGUGGAAAUGGAUGCCUUUCACCAACCCAGCUAGGAAGGAUGGUGCAAUAUUUUUCCAUUGGAGACGGCUUGCAGAUGAAGGCAAAGAUUAUCCUUUUGCAAGGUUUAAUAAGACAGUCCAGGUACCUGUAUAUUCAGAACAGGAAUACCAGAUGUAUCUACAUGAUGAUGGAUGGACCAAAGCAGAAACAGAUCAUCUCUUUGACCUCUGCAAACGCUUUGAUCUCCGGUUUAUUGUCAUCCAUGAUCGCUAUGACCACCAGCAGUUCAGGAAACGUUCAGUGGAAGAUUUGAAAGAACGGUAUUAUAGUAUUUGUGCAAAGUUAACGAAGAUCCGUGCUCCACCUGGUUCUGAUCCCAAACUCUCUGUCUUUGACGCUGGACAUGAGAGACGGAGAAAAGAACAGCUUGAAAGACUGUACAACAGAACACCAGAGCAGGUAGCUGAAGAAGAGUAUUUAAUACAAGAACUAAGAAAAAUUGAAAUGAGGAAAAAAGAAAGAGAAAAGAAAACACAAGAUUUGCAGAAACUCAUCACAGCUGCAGAUAAUACGACAGAAAUGCGUCGGGCAGAGCGCAAGGCAGCAAAAAAGAAAUUGCCGCAGAAAAAAGAAACAGAAAAACCAGCUGUACCAGAGACAGCAGGCAUCAAAUUUCCAGACUUCAAGUCCGCAGGUGUCACAUUACGCAGUCAAAGGAUGAAACUACCUAGCUCAGUUGGACAGAAGAAGAUCAAAGCCAUUGAACAGAUGCUGACAGAGUUGGGAGUUGAUCUAAACCCAAUGCCUACUGAAGAGAUUGUACACAUGUUCAACGAACUCCGCAGUGAUUUGGUGUUAUUGUAUGAACUGAAGCAGGCAUAUGCUAAUUGUGAAUAUGAGCUUCAAAUGUUAAGACAUCGAUAUGAGGCACUGGCAAAGGCAGGGACAAACAGCUUGGCAUCUGGAGAAGGUUUUGGCAUUGAUGGACCAAUGGGAACUGUGGGAACCAGUACUGAAGAAAUUAAGGGGGAAGGAAAAGAUCAAUUCAUUGAUGUUGUUGGAGCUGCACCUCUCACACCAAACUCGAGGAAGCGAAGAGAAUCUGCAUCAAGCUGUUCUUCAGUAAAGAAAUUGAAGAAACCGUGAACUCGUUUGAAAGGCUAGGAAGUCGA